AUGCUCUCCCAUCACUCGCUCGACGCCCUCGUGUGCUCUGGCUGUCGACCUCGCUCCCCCUCCCCGUUGCCCUCUCUCCCCCCUCCCCGUCGCCCUCGCUCCCUCUCCCCGUCGCCCUCGCUCCCUCUCCCUGUCGCCCUCGAUCCCUCUCCCCGGCUGCCUCGCUUCCGCUGCCUGUCGCCCUCGCCUCCCCUGCUCGUCGCCCGCUUCCCCUCGUCGCCAUUGCUUCCCCUCGUCGCCAUUGCUUCCCCUCGUCGCCAUUGCUUCCCCUCGUCGCCAUUGUUUCCCCUCAUCGCCCUCGCUUCCCCUCAUCGCCCUCGCUUCCCCUGCCUGUCGCCCUCGCUUCCCCUCGUCGCUCUUCUCAUCGCCUUGCCCGGCGCCCUCGGUUCUCCUGCCCAUCGCCCUCGCUUUCCCCUUCAUCUCCCGCCCUGUCGCACAGUUUCUCCCAUUAUUGAUUCUCGCGACAUUCUAGCACACCCGUCAACCGCUCUCGUCCCACCCUCCCGUCAUUCUCUCCCGUCGCUCACUCCUCCCAGUUACCGCCCUUCUACACCCCACUUCUCACUCUCUUCAGUUGCUCACACUCUUCAGUCUCUCACACUCACCACCACCCCAUUCACCCCGUUCCCGCCCCUUCUUCAUCCCUUUCCUUCCCUCACGCACGGUCCGACCUCUCCCCACUUAUCCCCUUCCCUCCCCUCACUUACCACCGUCCUUCCUCCCCACAUACCGCCCUCUUUCCUCCCCAUAUACUGCCCUUCUUCCCCUAAAUUACCACCCUCCAGCCACCAACUUACCACCCUCAACCACACCCACAUACCACCCUGCUUCCCCCCACUUACCAACCUCCAACCCCCUAUGAACCACCCUAAUGACCCCCCACAAACCACCCCCAUACCCCCCACAUACCGCCUCCGUGCCCCACCCACCUUGUUCCCUACAUACCACCUUCCUUCCUUCCAACAUGCCGCCCUCCUAUCACCCCAUAUAAUGCCCAUAUUCCCCCUAACAAACCACCAUCAUUUCUCCCCUUAUGACCCUCAUUCCCCCCCACUCACCGCCCUCCUUCCACACACAUACCUCCCUCUACUUACCUCCCUGCAACCCCUCUGCAAUCCUCUUUUCCCCCACAUAUCGCCCUCCUUCCCCCCCACCCACCACCCUCUUUUCCCCCCCACAACAGCUUACCUCCCCUCCAAAAUAGUGUUCUCGUUUGUCAAACUUAUCACCCGUAUGGCCCCUCUAUUCCCACUCCGCAUGGGCAGAGGGGCAGAGGCUGCAAGGAAGUCUGCUCCUACAACAGGAGGAGUGAAGAAGCCCCAUCGUUACCGUCCCGGAACCGUCGCCCUUCGUGAGAUUCGCAAGUACCAGAAGAGCACUGAGCUGCUAAUUCGGAAGCUUCCCUUCCAGCGGUUGGUUCGCGAAAUUGCUCAGGAUUUCAAGACGGACCUAAGGUUCCAAAGUCACGCCGUGCUCGCACUUCAAGAAGCCGCAGAAGCGUAUCUUGUCGGUUUGUUCGAGGACACCAAUCUGUGUGCCAUUCAUGCCAAGCGUGUCACCAUCAUGCCUAAGGACAUUCAGUUGGCACGGCGCAUCCGCGGAGAGAGGGCUUAA